GUUACGGCACCUGGAAUACCGGGGCCGCCAACACUCAAGGUACAUACGCCACGAACGCGACGAGUUGGCAAGCGGCCACGUACAACUACGCCGCGGCCGCUGCCACCUCCGGCAGCUGGGAAACACCCAAAACUUCGGAUAUGAGCAUGAACGCCGACGUCAACGCCGCCAUGCCCGUCGCCUCGUACGGCGCCGAGACUUCGGCAAACGAGAAUUCGGAUUCCAUCAUAGCCAAAAUCAACCAGCGUUUGGAUAUGCUGUCGAAGGAAGGCAGCGGCGGGACAGGGGAGGGGAUGGAAGACCAGGAGAGCUCUUUCAGAUUCGAGUCUUUUGAAUCCUACGACUCGAGGUCAUCGAUGAACGACCGCGACAUGUACCGAUCCGGCUACGAUUACGGAGAAGUCGGAACCGAUCGGAACGAUUCCUUCGGGAGCCAGUUCGACAACCGCAGGGAUCAGUCUCGCAACCGAGGAAACAACUACGGCCUGAUCCGAGGACGGGGUCAAAACCGCGUUCAAAAUCGAGGGCGUCUGAACGCUUUCAACCGCACCGACCACUUCAUGCCCUCCUCCAGCUCCGAGCGCCUCUCGGCUCGUUGGAACGAGUUGAACUACAUGGGUGGGCGCGGGAUGGGGGGCGCCGGAUCCAACAGGCUCCCGUCCCUCUUUUCCCAAGCCCUCGUUCCCGACUACGACUAUGACUAUGGCAUGAUGGGGAUGUCGGGCAUGGGAAUGGGACGGUAUGGGAAUAUGCCGUACGGAAUGGGGAGGCAACGAAACAGAGACAGGAUGGGUACGCCCAAGAGGAGAGGUUUCCGAAACCGUUCGGGAGGGCGAUCGGACAGCGAGGGAGGAGGACGCAAACGAAAACAGUCGCAGAGCGGAGAUGAGCCGGACAGCAAACAGGCAAAGACCGAUAGCGAAGGAGACGACACCGAGAACGAUGAGGGCGAAGGAGAGGAAAAAUCAGGAGAUGAAGCUGACAAAGCGUCUGGAGAUGGGUGCGAAGAUGAGGAUGAAGAGGUGAAGAAGAAGAGGGAGAAGCAGCGGAGAAGAGAUAGGAUGCGCGACCGUGCCAUGGACAGAAUCCAGUUUGCCUGUUCCGUCUGCAAGUUCCGCAGUUUUGAGGAAGAGGAGAUCCAGAAACACCUCCAGAGCAAGUUUCACAAAGAGACUUUGCGAUACAUUGGCACCAAACUCCCGGAUAAAACGGUCGAGUUUCUGCAGGAAUACAUCGUCAAUAGGAAUAAGAAAAUCGAGAAGCGACGCCAGGAGCUGACGGAGAAAGAGGGCACAAAACAGAAGCCGGAUCCUUUUAAGGGUAUCGGCCAGGAACACUUCUUCAAGAAGAUCGAGGCGGCUCACUGCAUGGCGUGCGACAUGUUAAUUCCGGCGCAGAACCACCUUCUCCAGAGGCACCUGCGAUCCGCCGAUCACAACAGAAACCGCAGGAUGGCUGCGGAACAAUUCAAGAAAACCAGCUUACACGUCGCCAAGAGCGUCCUGAAUAACAAACACAUCGUAAAGAUGCUGGAAAAAUACCUCAAGGGAGAAGAUCCCUUUACGGAUGAAAUCGCGGAUCAGGACGUGGAUGAAGC